CGCUGAGCCACCCCCCCGCUCACUGGAUGAAGGAAUCCUCUUCCUGGACCUGAACGUUCUGCUGCUGCGUCCUCCUCGCCGUCUACCAUGUCUGUUCUGAAGGCUGCGGUUCUGUCCGACUCGGCCUGCCAGCUCAAUGCGGACAUAUGCUCGGGGACCAGCUGCCUGGUCCCCCCCAGCAACUUUAACGCGAUUCUGAGCGUGGUCAUGAGUACGGUGCUCACGGUCAUGCUCGCCAUGGUCAUGUUUGCCAUGGGCUGCACGGUGGACUUCUGGAAGCUGUGGGGUCACAUCAAGCGGCCGUGGGGCAUCAUCAUCGGCUUCAUCUGCCAGUUCGGCAUCAUGCCCUUCACGGCCUUCGCCCUGUCCCUGGCCUUCAACGUUCUGCCCGUGCAGGCCAUCGUCAUCAUCAUCAUGGGCUGCUGUCCGGGCGGCUCCAGCUCCAACAUCAUCUGCUACUGGCUGGACGGGGACAUGGACCUGAGCAUCAGCAUGACGGCCUGUUCCUCCAUCCUGGCCUUGGGGAUGAUGCCUCUCUGCCUGUUCAUUUACACCAGCGUGUGGACCUCCAGCGACUCCAUCAAGAUCCCCUUUGACAGCAUCGGCAUCACUCUUGCCGCGCUGCUCAUCCCCAUUGCAGCGGGAAUGGUCGUGAAGAAGAAGUGGCCCAACAUAGCAAAGAAGAUCUUGAAGGUGGGCUCCAUUGUUGGGUUUGGUCUCAUCAUCAUCAUCGCGGUGGUUGGGGGAGUCCUCUACCAGUCCUCCUGGACCAUCUCUCCCUCGUUGUGGAUCAUCGGCGCCAUCUACCCCUUCAUUGGAUUCGGACUGGGGUUCCUCUUGGCCCGUUUUGUGGGUCAGCCGUGGGACAAGUGUCGAACCAUCGCCCUGGAGACGGGUUUCCAGAACUCCCAGCUGUGCAGCACCAUCGUCCAGCUGUCCUUCAGCCCAGAGGAGCUGGAGGUCAUGUUUGCCUUCCCGCUCAUCUACAGCAUCUUCCAGCUGGUGGCAGCGCUCGGCGCUGUGGGAGCCUACCAGGUCUUUAAGAGAUGCUUCUCCGGUCAAGAUGGCGACGGCGAGGCGGCGAAGGAGAAGGAUGGUGCCGUGGUCAACGAAGGCUUUGAGUGUCCGGAGCUGACAGAGACCCAGAUGAAUGGCACGUACAAGAAUGUUGAGCUGUGAGGUCACAGCGCCCUCUGCAGGCGGGACCUGCUGGCAACAGCUGAGCGGUUUGUGGACUUGAGGAGGAGGAGCCUAAAAGGCUUCAGAUGCAGUUAAUCACUUUAUAUUAAUAAUUAAUUUCAAGCAUAUGGCAUUAGAGGGAGAGUGUUAGACUGGAUUAUUCAAGAAACAGAAAACAGUUUGUGGAGGUUGGAAACUUUCACUAAAUUUAAUGUUAUUUGGUCAUUAUAAUGGUAAAUAUAAACACUGACGUGCACAUAAAUGGAGCAAAAGUGGAAAGAAUUUAUGAAAAAACAUUUCUUAGAGUUAUAUUUGAUGAAACACAGAGCUGGAAAUCACAUAUUAGGUAUUUACAAACUAAAUUAUCCAGAAGUAUCUCAGUGUAAAAUAAAGCAAAACUGGUUCUGGACCACUCCACAUGUUAUACUAUUCACUGGUCUCACCAUACUUAGAGGUACUUCUACACAAUCAGUAGAGGAUCCUUGAGGAGAAACUAUAAACCAACGUUACGUUCACUUUCAAUGCUUCGUAAAAGAGCAGACGAGUCCACGAACAAACUAUUUAUACAAUCAAAAUUACUCACAUUUUACGAUCUAGUAGAGUACUGCAUAGCUCAAAUACUCUUCAUGGCAGUAAGCAAUUUAUAUCGACAAAUAAACAGAUAUUAUUUAUUAGAAAGGAGGAAAAAUGCAAUCUGAGGGGAAAAAAAACAUUUCUUGUGCAUAAAGUACAAAUAAAAAAAAAGGUUUUGUGUUUCAUUAUGUGGAGGGAAACUGUGGAACAGAACCAGCAAAUGCUGCAAACAAAUAUAAAUGAGUUUAAGUUUAAAUACAGAAAGAACAUUAUUGAUAAAUAUGUACAAAUACAAAGUACUAGCAUUUGUAAAUAUACAUGCUUCUAAAAUGAGAGUUACAUGUGUAACGGUAACAUCAUGUACUCUUAGAGCGCUGAACUUUGAUUCUGGGUGUCCUGGAAUAUUAAGGAUACAAAGUACUGCAGUGAGAAUUCAUAAGAUUUUUCUUCUCACUCCCUUUCAGAUUUUUGUUGUUUGUAUACUUUUCUUAUUUUGCGGUUCUAUAUACAUUUUUCAAAAUGUCUGAAAUAAAUACUGUUGAACUUGAAACCUC